CUCGUCGAACAAUAAAACUCGCCAGGUUCUUAUAAAGCACGUGUUGAUCGGAUUUAUACUCUAUCAGCCAGUGACGUCUGAGUUUUAAAACAAUUUUUAUGCUUCCAUUUAUUUCGUUUUGUUUUGAUAUUUUUACGGGAAAUUGCCACGUCGUUAGCGACAUGGGCGAAACGACCAAGCACAAGUCGGGGGGAAACUCCCGCCAUCUUGCGAUAUAAAUACUAUGAUGGUUGCACUAACGUUUGUCGGAUGGAAAGAAGAGGAAGAUGGCAUUGAUUGUGGCACUGUGGUUUUUAUUUAGUUCGUCUUUCGCGUAUCAUGUCACGGGGAAGGAUAAUCAAACAGGUAAGACUCUUUUUAAACUGUUUUAAGUGCAGCAGGUUGACUUUUAAGCCAAGCCGAGAGAGGUCGCUUUCUUAUACUAAAAAUACCUGCAGUGUUUAAUAUGACAUGUAUUUUCUAAGUCUAACGCGGAUUUUUGCUUAACACUUGUUGUUGUCAAGAUACAAAAUAAACUGCAGUGAUUUCAGUGGCAAAAUUUAGUAAUCUUUCAGCCCUUUUUUUUGUUCCAAUGGCCUUUUUGCUCUUUAAAUUUUAGCCAGGAAGCAAAUUUUUGUUGCAGUUAGCACUUAAUUCUCUCGCCGAUUCGAUUCAAUCCAUACAUCGCGUGAAGCUGCUCUUGUUAGAAAUGGAGGCCAAAUGAUUCAAGCAUUCUGUGUUUAAAACUUCAUUGGAAAGAGAAGUAUGACCGCCCUGAGUUUUCGCCUGCUUCCCGGGGAUUUUUCGAAAGUGUAUUUUAAGGUCGAAUAUUGAGGGCAGUUUGAUGCGUAUAUAUUAUAUAUAUGUAUAUCCUGGCGGGCAUGUAAUUUUUGAUAAAACUACAAGCCUGAAUUGAAGGUAACCUUUGGUGGUUGAUCGAGCUGUUCCGUCAAAUAUUGCGUAAGAUUAACUUAAGGUUGAGUCCGCUCGCGCAGCGAUCAAAUCAAUUGCUGAAUGGUUCUUUUUUGACUGUAACUUUUUCCCUGGUUUCAUACAUUUUUCAGUCACGCUUUCGUUUAUAAUUGUUAAUUUAAUAGUGCUCUCUAAAUGCGUGGCCUGUAUAAAAUACCCUGAAACUCUUCAAUAGUAUUUAUAAUACCUGAAUGAUGGUUAAAGCCUUCAAAAACAAAAACAAAUAUAUAUAUAUAUGGUUCUAAGUUGGCACAAUCGUUUAGUUCGAAUGACAAAACAACAAAGUCACGCCAUUAUGACGCACCUUUGAUCAGCGGCUUGUAUUCAAGGCUCGCUUUGAAACAUGGCGGGAGAGUCGGCGAGAGCAGGCGAGAGGGACACUUCUCAUUCAACGGAGAAAAUUCUUUCUAUUGUGAGGUAAAAGAAAGUUGUAGUUUUCCCAGCUUGCAUUUUUGUUGGGAAUUACUUAACAAAAUUUCAGUCCCGGUUCAUUAGUUGCAAACCGUUGCUGGCCGCUCGUUUUCUCAAAGAACCAUGUGCCGUGCAAAAACUAUUACCUUGUGUACUCAUGUGUAACUUACUCUCGAACGUCAUUCAGUACGCUGAUUUUAUCUCUCUAGCUGAUAGACUAUCAGGACAGUUUAUCGCCAACUUUUUUGAGUCAAAUGCGUGAGUCUUUCAUCUUGUUGUAAACGGGAGUCCAGCAACUUCCGAAGAUUUCCGACGACUUUCCGAACGUUUCCGAAAAUGUCAAAGAUGUUCCGAUAACGAGAGAGCACUUCCGAAGCUAUUUAAAAGAUGACAAUAAUAAAUUAUUGACCACUCCAGAAAUACCAUGACACACCAUAAUGCUCUUUGUUUGUUACCCCAUAAUUUUGCAUAGGCAUUGUCUUCAGUUUCUCUUGGGAAUUAAAAUGGCCCUAAGAGAAACUGAAAACAAUGCUUAUGCCAAAUUUUGGGUUGACAAACAAAGAGCAUUAUGGUGUGUUAUGGUAUUAUCUGGAGUGAUUAAUUUUAGUGUGUUUUGAUUUUGUAAGGACGAAGAGUCAUCAUUCAAUGCCUUUUUGGAGGAUUUUCGUGGAAAUUGAAUUUAAUGAAUUUAAGUUAUUAAUCCUGUGUCAAAGAACAUUUUGUCCGGAUUUGUGAGUCAGCUGGCGUGAUAAAUUGUCCUUGAUGCUCGAGAUCAACUUGAAAGUCUUUAGUCCGCAGGCGUGAGACUCGCGCAUAAUGCAGGCAGGUAAAGUGCAGAUGUGUACAUACUUCUUAGAGCCUUCUCAGAGCAAUAAUAAUCCGUGUGAACCAAGGGUAAAAAUCAAAACCCAAAAAAUCUCUGAACCAAAAAUUAACCCCCAAAAUGUCCUAUUUGUUGUGAUGUGUGAAAUGUUAAAACAGUGGCAAUUAUAAGAAUUUGUUCAUGGUUAGCACGCAUAUAUAUCGAGUUAUGGAUGCAUGCGGGAAAACUUCCCAAGUGCAUCCAUAACUUGAUAUAUGCACAGCUAAAAGCAUGAGCAAAUUCUUUUAUAACAUAGCUGACAAAAAUGUUUGCUUUUUGAUUAACUGCAAAAUUCUCGUAACACAUGGCACAAUAACACGCUUCUAUUGGCUGAUUACAAACACGCCACAAUCAUCUACUUUGAAGGAAAAUUCUUUCUGUAAAACUCAGAAAGAAAAUUAAUUGCUUAUUUAUUUGUUAAUGAUCAAUGGAAACUAAGUAGAAACAAAGUUAAAAAGUCUUAAAAUUCACCUAAAGUUAAAAUACUCACAUGUUUGUAAGAAGUCGUGCAGUAUGGUUUGGAUUUGCUGAAAAGAUUUUUACGUUUUGCUUAGCUUUAUCCAGAAAAAUUGUUUUUUAGUGAAGAGAUGUGUCAUCCUACUUUAAACUUGUAUUCAUUUACUAACAAUGGCUGGUCAUUACAGCUUCUUGAGAAUGCCUGGCAGCAAUUAAAAUAAUGUUUUGUGAGUAAUAAAUUUAUGUCUUCUUAUGUAAUUUGUCUUGUUAUUGCAAAAGAAAUUUUCCGGUUUCAGUCGGAUUAUUCAGCGAUAACAAAAGUGCACGAUUUUUCAGUAUUGAGCUUUCUUUAUAGUUAACUUGUUUUGUAAAAGAUAAACAAACGUUAAAAACUGAGGACACUUUAUACAAAUUGGAUCUUUUCCGACACUGAACAACUAGGUGGUCUUUUCCCACUUGAAUGUCAGUCUUUAUGUCAGACUUUUCAACAAAUCCUUCAGGCUCUAUUGUUUGUGAAACAUCUUCACCACUUUUGCUAUUGGUUUGAGAGGCUAGAACGAAGCUCAGUUCUAAAAAAAACUGGAAAGUUUUUCAUCAUUGCCAUCCAUUUUUGGGUGCUUAGGAAAAGAGACGAAAAACACAGCUUAACACCUCAUCAUGAAAAAAAUCUUUAUUUACGCAAAGGCAUAUGAAAAUAAAGAUUUUGUUCACAGCAGCUCAAUAGGACUCAUAUAUAGGGCAAGCAUGCAUGCAUGCUAUGUUAUAAAACAUCUUUGGCUAUGCUCUGUUCACAGAACUACGCGGCCUGGAUACACAGGCACUACCAUGAAACUUCAGAUUGUUCUGAAUACCCCAAAAUAUCUCUACUUCAAUCCCAGGGGGGGUACUCGGGAUUUCAAAUGACGGGAAUGAUCGAAUGGAGCCAAAAGUCAAGACCAAAAAAAAUCCCUAUGGCUUCCAGCAAAACCCAAAAAAAUCCCUGGACCAAAAAUUAACCCCCCAAAAAUCCCAUGCCAAUUUUGUGGCCCUUAAAAGUUCCAGAAAGGGGUAAUGCUAUAACACGAAGAAAAACAUUGGAAAUGGAAUACUCGUGUUUGUUUAUUCAUCAUACUAUCUGAAUAUAUCCUUUCCCUCAUCAUCUUUUUAAUACCCCCAAAAAAUCCCUACUCAAAUCAAGCUACCCAAAAAAAUACUUGCCAAUCUUUCGUACCCAAAAAAAUCCCGGAAUCGAAAAUUUCAAACCCAAAAAAACCCUUUGAUCAUCCCCGUCACUUGAAAUCCCGAGUACCCCCCUGGGACUUCAAUCAAGUCUCCCAAAAAAAAUACUUGCCAAACUUUUCUACCAAAAAAAUUCUGGAAUUGAAAAUGUCAAGUCCAAAAAGAAAACCUUCAAUCAUCCCCAUGACCUUGAAAUCCGGAUUAGCCCCUGCCCUGUCCGCUGGAUGUGUGAACAGAAUUAUUUUAAAACUUUUGCUUUUAAUACACAUUGUUUACCCUACCCUGCUGGCAGAGUCUCUUUCAUUCUUCCUUGGAAAAUUUACCCUGCGAGAGAGCAGAGUCUCAAAUCAAAGCUUCAACAUCCCCUCCCAGACAACCCCCUGGACAUUUGAUUUUUUUUCAAAAAUUAAUAUUCAAAUUCCCACUGCUUGAGCUAAAAUGCCAUUCAGAUAUCCCAUCAUAGUUUCCUUUUAGUUGAUCAAAUACCUCUAUCCUGAGGAAAUUAAAAAGGGACCAUAUUACUCUUUUAACUAUUAAAUGUAGCUUGUCUAAUGCCCUUGAAGCCAAGUAUGCAGACAGAGCAAAGCUUGUGCAAUCCUUUGCUUUUCAUCUGUUCCACCAUGAAGACGCAAUCUUUUCUUUUAAAAGUCAUGCCAGCCCCCACGAUGAUUUAUCAUGUCCCACGGGACUCCUCGAAGUUGCCACUUCAAAAUUCAAAGAAAGCAGUACUUAAGUGACCCUUUGCACAAUAAACAAGCUUUAAAAAUUCAGCUCUUUUUAUAAAUCCAGAUUAACCUCCUGCUGUGCCUAAAUAAUUAUUCUUUAACAAUGCUAGAACUUAAUAUUUAUAUUAAGAGAUUUAUUAGUUUGGAGAAAUAUUGGUUUGAGAUGUACCAGUACCUACCUAGUACCUGGAAAAUUGUAAUUCUUAGAAAUACUAAUCUGAUCUCAAAAUAGUGGAAGAAUUUUUGGCAGGUCCCAAGGGUAGUUUUUGGUGUUUCUUUAUCCCUAAACCAUAAAUCUGUUGCCUCAGAUUUUAACUCUCUUCCAGACGCUUUUGCAAAAAUGGUUCCUGCAGGAAUCAUUCGAAAAAAAAUUGUAAAAAAAUCAGCAUUACUUCCAAUUGCCACCAAAUUUGGUACACAGAAAGGAGACAGUCUUAGCCAAUUACAGGGCUAGUUUCAGCCACUGGCCAUGAAAAACUUUGACACAAAAAGUUUUGAAAAUUUGGAAAAAAUGGUCGGCGAUGCAGGAAGAAUUUAUUUAUGGUGGCUUUUAAUAGCUGCCAAGAAACACUUUAAGAAUUCUCUGAGAAGGAGUGUCUUCUAGUGAAAAUAAAAGUGAUUUGGGUAUCAGCGAUGAAAUGAGAACGACAAAUCGAUGUAAGCGAGCUUGCUUCCUUUCACUCGCACAUGUUUGCUCUCGGCAGUGAAGACCACAUGUUUUUCAAAUGGCAAUGAAAUGCUUCUCAGAAUGGCAUCUAAGUCCAAAACCUCACAGAUUUUCAUGAAAUCAAUUUUCCACAUCAAGAGCUCAAUAUUUUGCUGGAAACAAGCUUUUUUAGCGUCUGAAGCAAAAGAAUGUCUCAGAAGCUGAUGCUUAAGACUCAAAUUCCAGUAUGCAAAUGAGUAUUUACCAUUAGCAUAAUCUGAUGGCUGCAGAAAAUAAAUUUUGAAAAUAUUCUAUGUCAUUGGGUGGUCUGUUAUAUUUUACAUAUCAAGGAAAAAUUUUUCUUUUUGACUUUUUCCUCAAACCAGACAUAACUGUUCCAAAAAUUACAUUUUUAUUAAAAUUGCUUGCGUAAAAAUUAUACAAAAGGACAUCUUGUGAACUUCUUACUAGAGAAAGAAAAAUUUUUUCCUGCAAGGGUAUUUUAUUUGCCCUUUUCAAAGAGAUAAAGCUUUCUAUGCUGCUUUUUAUAACCCCCCGAGAAAUUAAUUUUCAAAAUAACUAUGGCAAUUUUUCUCUUUUGUGAGUUGUCCAGAAAAGAGUUAAACCAAGGUCUCCAAGUCUUGAAGAGUCUAAGAUUUUACCAUUCACCAUCACCAGCGUAGUCUAGUGAAUUUUGCAUUGCUCUAUUUUAUAAAUUUCUUUGCAGUUACCAUGGAUAUGAAGGCCUGGUGUGAAGCUGGUGAUGAAGGAUUUAAGACAGUUAAUAUUAUUUGGAUUCCUCCCAACAGUCCAGAGAGUACCUCUUCUGUUGAAUCCCGUUCUUACUCAGUAUUUUUUACAACUGAUAUCUGGAGAAAAACUGAGUAUCAGUUUGGCUGUUCUCUAAACACAACACAGCCGUCAUUGCAGCAAGGGCAAUUGCAAUGCAGCAUUUCAUGUGAAGGUGGUUUAUUUCAUGGGAAUUUUUACUUCAUCCUGAAAAUGACAAAUUCCUCUGGAUCUUAUGUUACUGGAGAAAAAUCCUGUCGCUUUGUGACAACUGGUAAGCACUAAAGGAUGAUUGCUUAUUAAAAUAGUGAUGGGACAAUAGUCUGUCCCUUUUUAUUAUUUUUAGUAUCCCUUCUCUAUAAGUAAGAUUAUUUCUUCUUCCUAUUGGAAGUAUGGUGUAUAUCUUGAAGCUUGGCCUCAUUGGCUGCUUAGCUGAAAUACUCAGCUAAAUCAAGGUCUGAAUUAUAAAUCAAUCUGAGAAAGACUGUCAUGACCAUGUUGAAAGGCCUUAAGGGUAGUGUCAUGUAAAUUGCAUUUAUUUCUGUGUAUCUGAAUUAUCACAGGAAUUAGAUUCCAGGUCUCUCUUCCUGACUAAUUGUCUUCUCCACACAAACACAACCAACCCAGUCCAGUAUACUUCCAGGAUGCUCUGAUUUGCCUGGCUUUAAGUUUGUGAGCCAUAACUAAUGCCCUUACAUUUGCUUGUGCUGUUCUUUUAUUCUUUUGUCAUUCAAUGAAAUGCAUGUUUUCCUGAAAUCACACACCUUAGUAACAUUAUUGGCUGCCUCUUUAAAAAUUAAAACCUUUAUGAAAUCAUAUAACCCUGAUUGGGGGGCUGGGAUGUGGGUUGGAGAGGAUGCUAAAUGGGUUCUCCAGCUAAGGUAAGGUAACUUUAUUUAAACACAGUAAAAUUUCCAUGAGGUACAAUUACAUUUUACUAUAAGUAUAGACUCUAAGUAGAGUUACCUCUAGUUAGGAUUCUAACCUGGUAAAAAUGUCACACCAAAACACCGUAAAAACACGACGUGCGAAGGAAAACUCUGCCAUCUUGUAAGAAACAGAAUCGCAAUGCACUGUGGGAAGACGUUCACUCCUCCUCUGGACUCUAACUUAUAACUUGCUAAACUAGAAUUUAAAGUAAUAAAGAAAUAAAGAUGAUACAGUAAAAAGCCUGCUUCACAAGGAGCCCAUAUCACUAUUAUUAAGCAAUAUCACUAUCAAAAUUGAGCUUUUUUAACUUUGCUUUAAAUAAUUUCACUAACGGAUGUUGAUUGUCUGACCUCCAAAGGCAAGCUGUUCCACAGCACACCUCCACUAUAACAAAGGCUUCUUUUCAGUGUCGAGUUGUGGAAUUCAUUUCCAUGCAUUCAUUUCCUUCUUGAGUUAUAAGUAAUUUAAUUGCAGCAACAAACUAAAUGCAAAGUCAGAUAUUCUGGAGCAAAAUUUAAUGAGCUGUGUUUUUUGCGGUGCUGUGCGUCAUUGUUGCUUUACUAAUUUCGCACUGAUGGACAAGUUAGAUCAAUGUGAGCAACAAUUCUGCAACGUCUGCAAUACUACAUUACACAGUAAUCAACAAAUGUAGCUGGACCAGUGAAUUAAGCAGAAUCUCAGAAGGGAGAAAAUGCAUAAUACGCUUGAUAGCACUAAUGCCAGAAGCAAUAUCUUCUUAGAGAUUUCAUUAAUAUGAUACUCCCAAGGAUUAAGAAGUUGAGACUUGCUUAACUGGGGAAUUGGCGCAUAGGUAUCCUGCAGGCUAAUGGAGGGAAGGAAGUCCAAAACGAUGUCCUUUCACCAAAGAGGUUUGCAGGCUUGAUAAACAGUGCCCAGUCAAUGUGUUCCUAACAUGUUCAAGAAAUUACUCUAGCUACUAUUUCUAUUCUAUUGUUAUUUACUUUUAAUAUGUGAAACUUAAAUUUUUUAUGAUUUUCUUAAUCCUCAGCCUAUUAUGAAAUUAAAGACCUGGGAAAAAAGAUUAAAAAAUAUAGCCACACAAAUUUUUGUACCCUUUUAUACUAUAAUGUUUUAAGUCAACCCCAGCAUAAAGCAUAAUAAUUAUGUAUUAUGCCAGGGUUGAUUAAAACAUUAUAGUAUAAGAUAAUUAUUAUCUUGUCCGCAUGAAUGCAUGUUCUCCAUUUAAGUUUUACCACAGGCGGCCCAAUCUCACGUUGCGAGGCAACCUUCCCUCGCAACGUGAGUUUGGGCCGCCUGUGGUUUUACUUGGGGCAUGCAAGCUUACUUCGUCUGAGUCAAUGUCAUCCUGCUGAAGGUCUUGUAGGAUACCCCUUGUGAACUCACAUCCCAUCCCUUUUUAAUUAUUUUCCAGUCCCCUUAGAUCUACUUUGGUGCAAAGAAUAUAUUAAACUGCAGUUUCGUUUUGUUUAGUGCCACCGGAAAGUGGACACUAAAUUUUUGUUAAAAUUAUGCAAAUCCGAAGUUUGACAUUUACAUUUUCGCAAAAUAUAUUUGACUUUGCGUAUUUUUUUAUCCCAAUCUAUUUUUGUGAAAUUAAGUUAGCGCAAGAGUAAUUAGCAAUAUGGUAUUUACUGCUGGACCAUAUAAUGUCAUUUACAUAUACCUUUUGUUGUUUUUUUACUGGUUGGAAUAAUAUUUAUCUCAACGAUUUUUUUCAGUUCAUUGUACAAUGCCACAAAAUUUUAAAGUAAUGGAGAGUGGAAAAAGGAAUCUCACGUUGACAUGGGAACCUGCCCCUCAUAUGGGAAAAUGGACUUCGUUACUGUGUUACAGGAUCUGGUAUGGCUCAGCACAAGCAAAAUCCAAUGAGGUAAAAAGCGACUACCCCAGAAAUACUUACCAGUAAAAGGGUAAUGGAAUGAUCACAAUUAAAGCUGUUCAUUUAUAAGAAUGGGCUCUCAUAACUGACCAAGUGAUAAACGUAUUGAGGGUAGUGGCUCAUAAGAGCUUUUAACAGAAAGCUUAUGAUGUAUGUUUUUAAUUACCGUCACACAAGCGAAAAUCAUAUUUAUAGUUUCUUAUUCCGAGCGAAGCUCGGCGCGAAGCGCAGAGAGCGUAGCGCGCGCGCAGUCUGCUAACCGCGCGUGGUCUUGGCCAACUGCAAAAUUUGAUGCGCCAUAAAUCAAUCUUUUCAUGAAUAUAUGCUUGGUGUCCGCCAAUCACGUCAUGAAGCAUUUUGCGUUUCCAGGCAACAUAGACUUUGCCUCCGAUGACCAAGGCGCAUUUUCAUGUAUUAUUCAUGAAAGGCUGUUGUGUUUACUCAUCUUCUGUGAAACAAUGUUUACCAUCGGUGAAUCACGAACAAUUUCCCAUCCAAAUGACACAGAACUGCAAGCACAGCAAGUGCCUGCAAAUCCUCGCCGAGGAAGAUUUUCCAUUGAAACUCCUCCGGAGAACGCCGAUUAAAAUUCAUCGGCGAGCGGAUCGAAGAAGACAACCGCGAAGCAGGGAACAUCGCUUAGCACAGCGAAGGCAACGUCAUCAACACAGCGACCACAAACGUGUACAGAGGCAGCGAAAAUACAAUUACAUUAUAAACAAAACCGAUGAAGAGAGGGAACACCGACUGCCGACGCUUCCAAAAGCGACGAGACUGAAUCAGGCAACGCUUAAAGUCUACAGUCAAAAUUAUCUUCUUCGAUGCAGCGAUAGGCAGUAAGAAUUAUGCUCGUCAAAAAUAUCUUUCCAACGGACUCGGGACAGCCGGUCAGCCCACCAUGAGCAACAAUGGGUUUUACAGUAACCUUUAUUUUACAAUGAACAGUUUAGAACAACGAUAAUGUGUGACGCUUUUAGGGAAGCGUUAAAUUUGUAAACAAAAUCCUUGCUGAACAACUUUUUCGUUUACAAUUUUCGUUACAUUUACUUCCCCAAAACCAUCCCAAGUAAAACAUAUUAUCAUUGUAUAGUAGCCUUAUAGAUAAACACAGCUGUGUCUUUUAAGUCAAGCACUGGGUUGAAAUUUACUACCUCCCAAGCUACCCAAUAUGGGCCUCCCCCCCCCCCCCCCCCCCCCCCCGAGCUUCGCGAGGUUCUACGAUACAAGUAUUCCUAGUUUGUUACUUAUCACAUUCAAAGUUAACUAUCCAUUUGUGAUUAUGUAGUGUAUUUCCCUAAACGGAUCAAGAAGUCAAUACGCCUGUGCCGGGGAGAACUUUAAAACUAUGGUAAAGACCAACUGAUGCUGUUGCUUAUGGAAGCAGCCACUUGCAAAAGCUUUUCAUUACAGAGCUUAAAUCACAAUUCAAACGGGGUUUCACAGUGCAGUGCUAGUCGUUUACGAGAGACUCGAAACUCAGACAAACAAACUGAAAUUAACAUUAGCGAAUUCCUUACUUUUGUCUGACUUUUGUCAUAAAAUUUCAUGUUUGUUUGUCUUGUGUCAUUAAAAUGAGAAAAAUGGCAAAACUCAGACAAAAAUAGAGAGAAGUGUGACGUCAAGUUACCAUGGCAGCCAAAUUUCUGGGUGACAGCAACAGAGCUGAGAUUAAGCAACGACGACGGCGACAGUAACGAGAACGGCAAAAAAAACCCGAUAUGUUUAUAUUAGCAAAACGUCAACUUUGCUCGAGCAUUACGCUUUUUUUGUACAUUUCUUAGCCGUCGUUGCACGACCGGGACAUGAAACCUCCUAAUUUCUCACGCACACUUUACGGAGUAGGUGAACACAACACAAAAAGUUUCUUUUUCUUUUUCCAAACUUAGAUACGGUCCUUUCGAAUUAAAUCCAGAAAAUUUUGCCAACAUUGGACAAAUUAAAUGAAAAUGAAUAAGAUUGAUGAAGUCUGGAACAGUGCGAAUUUACUUUUUAAGUGAAUUUGCGGUUUGUUGUCAUCGAAACAUUUUGCUACCAUGGCAACGUGACGUAACGACGUCUCCUCUGUAUUGCACAUCAGUCACUCUAACGUCAUUCGCGCGCCACAAUAUUGGGAAAAAAAAGUGUUCAAGCUCUUGCUGCAGCUGUCCAAUGUCCAGUCUAUGUCCAGUUCAGCUUAUCAGGAUGUGUCUUCUGACACUCAGAAAAAUUUUCUGUCCAGCAUUUAUUGAUACAGUUAAAGAUCAAGACAGCAGGCUUCGACUAUUCUGAACAGAGAGGGAACGUUCUUGCUCGACACCGAUGCAACAGACCAUGGAAGCAGUGCAUUGUUUACACAACAGUUAAACGGGGAAGAAAAGCGUAUUGCGUUUACAAGUUGAACAUUCUCAAGAUCUGAAAGGAACUAUUGUAUGACUCGUUUUGAACUUUUGGCAAUAAAACAAUAAAGUUUAUGUUCACGGAUAAAAAAUAUGUUUGGGCCCAACUCAUCUUUGCCCCGUGGUCACGAGGUCAGGGUUAAAAUGAGGUCUGAGAAGGCCCAAAACAUAUUUAUUCCCAAGAGCAUAUACUCUAUUACUGUUAUUAUCACUUUGGAGGAUAUUGAGAAUAUAAAGACUUCAAAAAAUAACAGCAAGACAGUUUGAACAAAAUCUUUCGAGCCUUUACAUGUUGAAUGGCUUAUAUUUCUGCCCGAAACAGGUUCGAAAUUAGUAUUGUUUCUGAGUGUUAGCAUUAAAUGUACUUGUGUACAAAUCUUAAACUAACAGUUUGGCAUAAUUGGUUCAACUGAGUGCAUACGGCUUGAAGCUGCAAAACUUACAAGCAGUUCGUCGCCAACUUUGGAGCUACCACAGGCGUUAUUUACAUCAGAAGCUUCCCUAACUUUUUUAGACCUUCUUCCUCCAGCUGCAGAGCGAACGGCGCAAACAUUACAUUGUCUUCCCGAUUUUUAUAUCUCGCUUAUAUCGUAUGACUGUUUGAUCCUCUCUUUUCAUUGGUUUGUUUCAGCGGGCUAUAUAUAUAUAUAUAUAUUUUAGCUCGCCAAUUCUCCAUGAGGGAUAUUUUAUGGGUGGUGUCUCGGGGCGCAUUUUGCAGGCUCAAAUGACAAAGUGAAACUAAUUGUUGAGUUUGUUAAGAGCAACAGUGGCAUAACCUGCAAAGUACAAGUUUUUUGUUCAGACUGAUCAAGCUGCUUUCACGUUUCGUCAUUCAGGCCAAUGACGCCGAAAAGAACAACUGGUACGUUGGAUUGAAUUCUUAAGUACUUUUGACUUUGAGAUAAAGUGCCGACAUGGUCGACAAGGACAAUAACAUCUGAGGGCUGAUGCACUUUCCCGCCAACCCUGUGGUGUCUGUUGUAAGUGGUACAAGAUCGGAAGUCUCGUUAUUAAUGGCCAGGACUUACAUCAGCAGCUCCCACCAGUCACCAGUUGUGGGGCAAAGAAAAUGUGGGGAAGGAUAUUUCGUGUUCCUUUACAACAGUAUGGACGCUGAUAGACAUUGAGAAGACCCUCACUACACUACCACAUCUCCAGCCUGAUGGACAGAUUGAGUGUUUCAUCAGGUCCGUCAUUGAUAUUUUCCAUGGAAAGAUCCGCAAACAGACUUGGAUCAGUAGCUUCCAGCUUGGAUGAUGGCCUCUCAAGCUGCUCUUCAUAUGCCAUACCUCUUAAUGCUGGAACUGGAGGUCCCUAGAAUACCUCCUGAUGUUUCAUCACUCUAGGUGGACUAUGCUCAGGCAGUUCAAAAAGCGAUCGUCCAGUGCACGUGAUUUGGAUAGAAAACAACUAAAAAAAUUCAUUUGAAGCCAUAAGGGGAAUUGUGAUAAAUGCCAUGCUGGUAGACGCCGACGUGUGUUUUGCAUACGUUAUUUCUAAAAAAAAUUGAAGGGAAAUAGCCGAAAAAUACAGAGCGAUGUUUUUUUUAUUGAAUUAGAAGUCAUGAAACAAAAAAAUGGGUAUUAGACUCGUCAUAACUUGUUCCUUUAGCCCUUCAAUUGAGACUCGAGAAUAACAACAAGCACAAGUGAAAGUGAUUUAUCAAACAAUGUUAUACUAAAUAGCACAGCUAGCACAGCUUUGGCCACCGUUGUAGUUCUCCAGUAACCAGAACUUUGGUCACCGGUAGGAUAGCUGAAUGGAGAACUGAUCGUCUUUUUAUUUUUUUAUUUUUUUAUUUUUAUGUGAGACUUGCUUAUUUGUGUUUUUCUUCUUGGUUUUUGCAGUCUGUAGACAUUAAAAUGGAACCUUCACUUGCACACACGUUUCAUGAUCUGCUUCCAUACACACAGUACAGAUUCUUUAUCCAGUGCAGCUUUUCAGAUUGUCUAAAUGGCUGGGGAGCACUUAAUGGACCUCUUACAGGAAUGACAAUUGAAGAAGGUCAGAGGUCACAAAUUCGAAUAUUCUUCUUAUCAACUUAUACAGGUUUUGAUACAAUUAUAGUAACUUUAUUGAUUUAUACGUAAUGCUAGGCUAACCCUUUAGCCUACCUCAAGAGGUAUUUUGGGUGUGAUCAAGUCUUAAAAGCAGUUAAGGGAGACGUGAAGGUGAAUGAUUUUCUCUCUUUGUCGGGCCAGCAAGUGUGUAUAUUUUUUUUUAGAGGGGCGAUAUUUCUGACCAGGUUACUAUUUUAAUCUGGCAGUUAAGGAAAGUUGUUUGGCAUGAUCUUCACGUUCAAAAUGAUAUUCUUUGAUCUUUCUGGUCAUCAUGUCCAACUGGAGUUACGGUUCUUUUGUUGGACAUCGUCUGAUGACCCACUGACAGCACUCAACACUGCUGAGUACCCCCUUUCAUAUUAAAAUAUUUAUUUAAACCAGGUAACAGCGAUAUUAACAGGCAAGUGGAGUUUAAAAAGCAGUCUCAACCUACUCCUUCCAUCAAUUGGCAAUAAAAUGCUGAAUCUUCAUGCUUAUUUCAAGUUCUCCAUUUUAAUUAUAGUACAGUUUUGUUAAUUUCCUUUCUCUUUCCUACAGUACCAGUUAAGGCUCCAGAGUUUGAGAACUGGUCGGUUGCCAAUAUUGCACAGGAUAAACGUGAUGUAACAGUAGUUUGGAAGGUAAAUGCAUUCUUAUAAGUACGUAACACUAAGCAGGAGAUCUUCAAGAGCAUUUACAUCAACGGAACAUUGUUUAACAACCUGUUCCCUCCUUCAAUGGCAGACAUGCCUUUCUCACUUUCAUAAAAACCUUCAAGCACUGAAAAGAAUCCUCUUCAGCAAAGGCACCACUAGCGUUAGAAGAUUACGGAAAUAUGGCACAUUUUGGUCAUUUUUUACAUCCAAUUAAUCGGGGCAUCACUAGGCUCUCAGAACGAGUUGUUUAAUUGGCUAACAAGAUAAAUGUCUCAAUAGCUACAGAGACUAGAGGUUCAUGAGGGCUUAACAAUGUAACUAUUGAUUAAUGUUAAUUCAGACACAACUUACACAAGCUGCAAGUUGAGUGACAAACUGUAGGUUAAAUAAUUAUUGCUACGUGAAGGGGUUUCGUUAAGGUUAGGAGCAGAGGGGCAUCUGGAUUUAGCACGUGGGCAUAAUUUAAUAUGAGAUAUGAACUUGCAUUUUGUUCUUUUGAUUAUGAUUUUGAACGCAAAUGGUCAUCUUUACAGCGAGUCAAUUUGCCCGGUGCCGGAUCCUCAGUGAUCCUCAGUGAUCCCCUUGCAUCUGUUGCAGAUUGGUGGUUGUGCAGUGUUUUUUAUCGCGUGUCGCCUUUUCUCGCGUGGGGUGAUUUUCACGCGCUCCCGUUUCGCUCGCUCUACUAUCCCUGACGAAAAAUAGGGGACUACUCGUAGUCUAUAUUUUUUAACCCAAUACGCAUUAAAUCUCUUGUCCAAAGCUUCCUCCUCGAAAUACCUGGAAUGGCAUUCCAAGGGAGUUCCAAAUCGAUUUCUGGCAGGUUUUGUCACAAGAGAAUGGCUCAUCGACCCCAAUCCUAAAUUCUAGCAGGAAUCUGCAGAUCAAGAACGGGUCUGUUACAACAGCGACGCUUCCUGCGUUAAACCGAUUCACGGACUACCAGAGCCAGAUCAGCAUGUGCACUACGCAAGGGUGUGGUCCGGAAAGCUCUCCUUGGUUUCUUAAAGGUUUGUGGCUUUCUGUUUCAUUCUCAAAAGAAGUGAAUUUCUUUGGUAGUUCGGGCGCACUUAAGCCAUUUCGUUAAGCUUGCAUGUUCUUUAAGUGUAGUAAUCCUAGUCUUGUUGACCUUGAGGUCUCCAUAGGUGGCGAGAAGGUUUUAGAGUAUGGUGCUGUUGGUUAGGGAAUUAAGUGUUUGACAACCCUCUAUGUUUAAACAAAAUAUUUAGGGGAACAGAGUAUGCCAUAGCAACACAAAAUAAAUACCUGAUUGUAAAAGCGUUGUUGAUCAAGGAUUUAUGUCUAUGCGUUUAUUUGCAAAGCAAAUUCAAAGUUUUUUUAAUUAAAAGUUUACAUUGUCUCGAGCUGUUCGUGCUGAUGCAAAUCUCCAGAGUACUUUGUUUAAGGCAUGUCGUUGUCUUUUAUGCGGUCUUCGAAGAAAGCUUUAAGGUCCUAUCUUAUGAUUGUUAGUGUGCGUUAGCUAUAUGGCUACGCUCUUUUACUGACGCAUUGAAAAGAGAAACUGAUCACUAAUAACAAUAUUCCUAGGUGUUAAUAACUUUCGCACAGUUAGCUCAGUUGCGUGAGAGUAAGUGCAAACCCCGACCGCACCUCAGCUCUUAUCAGUGUCUUCUUAAAAAAUGGUAAGAUCAAUCAUACAGGCUGUGAAUAGGACGGCUCUCUCAAAAGAUAACUUAACUGGAGGGUGACAUUAAGGCCGGGUUUACACCAGAUAUUUUUGCCGAGUUUUAUGUUUUCUGAUGUUUGUAAUAUUUAGAGUAUUCAUAUUACUCUAAAUGGCCUAAAUGGAUUGGAAUAAAUCUGGAAACUUUGCAGGAAUUUACACAAAUCAGUGAAUCCGACAUCAUUCAUUCAAAUACAGUGGCCGAAUUCAUCCUCCCCUAUCAAUUACUCACUGCAGAAAACUAUACGGGAAUGGGUACAAGCUUUUGGUGCAAUGAUUUCUGGGAUCGCUAGGGUGGACAAGCGUUACUUAUGAUUAGUCUAUCUUAUUCAAGGCAACCAUUGAAUAAUCACAAGUAACGUCUUCCCAAACAAUAUCAGAAAUCGUUGCGCCUAAAGCUUGUAACCAUUCAGAAGGGGAGGCUAGAGGACCCCCCAAACUGUUCGAAACAUUUGGGACCAUAGAACCCGGUGGUAUGGCCUAUCUUUUCAUGGGGCGUUUAGAGAAGGAACUCUUUCCGGGGGAAGGGGGGUGUCAGUUAUUGGCGCAAGCUUUUCUGGUGUACCUGCCAUAUCUUGCAAAGCUAAUAAAAAACAAUAAGCACUGCUCAGCUGGCAAAGGGUUUAUCUGCCUACCGGAAGGUUGUGAGUUUGUAAUGGGACAUUCCGUGGCUGUUAUAUAGCGUAGCAUUAGGUCGAAAGACUGGGCUUGCACCAAAACUCAAGCUCGUCAUGGGGGCUCUGACUAAAGCAAAUGGAAGUGUAUUUAUGGUUCUAGUAGAAACAAAAGUUAGAUUUCGCGUAGGGAAUAUCGAUUGUUUUUGACCAGUUAUGAUUGCGCUCGGCCUAUCCCAUGACUGCAUUUCAACUUCACUUUGACACUGGAACUUUUGUAGAAGGAGAUAAACUUCCAGGUUACCCCAAGUGUUUGUAGAAUUUUCCCCUGCGAUGGCCUACUAGUGGAACCCAGAACUGAACAAGUAAUAGGGGACAAAUUAGAGAUGGUUUUGAGCAUAAAACUGGUACUCCUGGGAUAAUUGCUAGGAAACAUGACGGGCCAUACCGUGUGUACAUUGUCUACCUCAAACUUAACCAGUUGACAAAGAAGGAUGACAUAACACUACCUCGGAUAAAUGACGUUUUGGAGGCCUUGGGUGAGGAUGAGUGGUUUUCUCUAGCUUGAAUUUGGUCUCUGGGUAUUGGUAGUUGCAAGUGAUGGAAGAGGAUAGGCCUAAGACUGCCUACUCAGCUCAUCAGAGACAAUUCCACUGGAGAGUAAUGCCCUUCGGAUUGACAAACGGACCAGCUAGCUUCACUCGAUUAAUGAAUUUAGUGCUCAGUGGCCUUACCUGGACACACUGUCUGGUGUAUUUGAAUGAUAUCAUCAUCUGCGCUUGCACCACUCAAUAUCACAUUCGCCGCCUUCGGCUAUUUUUUGAUCUUGUAAGGACUACUGAUGUGAACUGAAGCCUACUAAAUGUCACUCCCUUUGAGGCGAAGUUGCUUUUUUCAGACGUGUCGUGUCUUCUGACGGAAUGAAGACUGAAACUGAGAAAGUCAAAGCCGUCGAAACAUGGCCAGUACCACCGAAUGUGAAAGGGCUUCCUUACUCUUAGUCUUCAUCCUUGGAUUUGCCACUAUUGCAGAGCCCCUCUACAAAAAGUGGAGCAAUAAAGUACCAUUUUGAUGGCAACAAGAACGAGCUGUGUUUGGACAAGGAGUGGAUAAAGAAAAUGAGACCAAAAUUGCUGAAGAAGGCUUGAACAUUGCAGGGAAUUUGGAACUUCUUUCAGGGAGGGGAUUGUGAGGGGACAUUUCGUGCCGGAUAUAUACAUAUGUAGCGUUAGACUAGGUGGGAAAAAAGGGGUUUUGUGAAAGGGAAUCGAUCUUGCUGCUUGGUCUUUGUUUAAGUAAUGAUCCGGGUAAGGUGGAUAGCACUUUCUUUUGUUAUGCGGCAACGGUGCUUUCCCCACAUAGGAAUGUUCUCAUUUUUACACAGAGAAUGCAUAAACCUGCAUGAAGGCAGUUUACGCAAUAAAAUGUAUUUACACUCCACUUUGAAAGGGUGUUUUUUGUGUUAAAAGAUUUUGACCAAUCACAAGAGUUGAAAACAAUAGCCAAGAAAAGUUUACAAUUUUACAUGUUCCCCACAUAGGAUUUCUUUGUUAUUCAAACUGAGACCAGAUUUUGUUAUAUGGAAGAUGGUUGGAAUGUGAGGAUGAAUAUAUGUACCGCUUUAUGAAGUUUUGUUAACUUUUGCUGUUUAAGCCAAUCAGGAGUAAGUACAGACAAUAGAUAAGUUAGCACCUUUUUUGCAUUCCAACAUGUUCGUUGCCGUUGUUGCUAUCGUUCUUAUCUGGACUGUUUCUUAAUCUUGUGUUCUCGGCUACCCAAUAAAAAGAGUCUGGACCUUUCCUGAGUGACGUUUAUUACAAGUUCAUUCCCCGAGUGGACAACCAACACGCGUCUUUAGAUCCUUUUUAAAUAAAUAAGUGAAUAAAAUAACGAUUUAGAGGUAGCUCAUUCACAAAGUGGUUCUUUGUCUAGCAUUUCUUGUCGAAUCGGAAUUUGGGAAUGUCGGGUUAAGUAGAGGGGAAAGCCAAAGUACCUUGAGAGAAAACUCGCAGCAAAGUAGUGGGCCAACAGCAAACUCAACGACGUAUGUCGUGGACGCCGGGAUUUGAACCGGGGCCACAUUGUUGGGACGCAAGUGCUCUCACCACUGCUCCACCCUUGCUCCCCCUUCCAGGAGGUAUUGUACAUCAUGUUUAAAAAUGCUUGGCAAAAAAUAACUCUGAUAAUAUUUCGUAUGUUGUUUCAUUUCAGGCGAUACAAAGCCGCCUAACCCAUUGCCACAUGGAGAAAGCAACAACAAUUUAAAUAUUUGGAUUAUCGUUGGAACUAUACCUGGCAUCUUUGUUGUAAUAGUAGUUAUUGUCAUUGCUUGGACAAGAAGAAGGUAAUUUGCAAACUAAUUUAUUGUUGAUAUUUUGUGUUUUUUUCAUGAGUUUGUUUUGCUUUCUUCCCGAUUUAAGCUCUUCAUUUUUUUUAAAGAAAAAUCGGGAAAUUAUUCGUAUUUCCCAUACUCCAAUCAAACAAUCAAUCGUUUAUUUACCCACGUAUCAUUUAGUGAGCUAAUAAGAACUCCAGUUUUGAUGUGUAUAUUCUUUUUGGAUAUUUGCAAAUUAUACUCCCAAAAUACUUUUCUCUGGCCGUGAAAAACCUUUAUUCAGUUUUUCUUUCGCGAUAUAUUUUAAUUUUAAUGUAUACAACUACGUUAUUGCCCUUAAGGUGUUUUUAAAAAUACUGUUAGUGUACUUUUAUAAUAAACAAUUUUUUAACUUAUUUUAGGCAAAGAAGAAAAAAUCGGCCACCACUAGAAGAAUGUGUACAAGUGGUAUGGAAUGAAUACUUUAAAAUAAACUUCCUUUCACAUGUAACUAGGUGAAAAGAAAUUGCUAAACGGCUUCUGCACUUAAGUAGGCUUACCUUCAUAAGUCCAGUGUUGUUUUUGUUAUUAUUAUUAUUAUUAUUAUUAUUAUUAUUAUUAUUAUUAUUAUUAUUGUUAUUAUUGCUGUUAUUGUUGUUCAAUUGACGUCAAUCGGUCAUUAACAAAAAUUACAGGCGUAUGUUCUUGCAAAAGAGAAGAGAGAGCACGAAAUGUACUCUCUUUUUAUAGGUAUUAAUUGAUUUUUAUACUUCGUGAAGAGAAAAUCUGUUUGUCAAGGUUGUUCGGGACAAUAGAGUCAUUUUUUCAUUAUAAUACUUGUCAAUGGGAGAUGACUGGUUCUUGUGCUCAUCAUUCUUGUCUCGCGAAUUUGAAAGUAUAAGCUCACAGAGAGACUUGCUCUGCACCAUAUCUCUGGGACAUAUCCUCAAAGCAUUACCCUUCGUGUCUUCUUACCCUAAGAUGUACUUGAUUUAUGUCCUGUCUGUGCGGCAUGGUAACUGUCACUGGCCAUCCUUUUUUUAGGGCCCACCUUCAGGCUACGACGAGAUACACGACUCAUCCAUGAGCAAGCAGAAUUCCUACGCUGAAAUUCGGCUUUAAGAUCCUCCACAACAACUUCUUCCGAUAACCGCCGAUUUGCCAUCGGAACAUAGUGGUGAUUGAUUUAAAUUUAUUAGGACUUUUUUUCCUGGCGAAUAUAUUCUCCACGUCUCCAAGGUCUCUCUUUUUCUUGUGCCCUGGAGUAAGAUUGGAAGAAACCUGUGAACAGGCUCCCGGGGAAGGAAGUGUGACACGAAGGGAAGCUAGCGGCGCGGGAGUCGGUCUACUUGAUUCAAUUUACGCCGAUCCCUGAUACCCGAAUCUCGUUUCACGUCAAGCGACGGCUUUUUAUUUUUUACUACCGAGGACGGGAAAUUUCCGCGGUGAGUUCUUCAUGCUCACACAACCUUAUGGAUAACUAUCCCUUUUCCACUCUCCCCAAUUCCAUCCCCCUUUUCGAAUCCUUCUUCCUCCUUUUUCCUUUUUCUCCUCUCGCCUAGUAUAGGAGGGCGGAAUGACGACACCAAAGCUUUGUCGGCAGCCUCUCGUUUUCUUUCCCCUUAAUUCCCUCCUCCCUGUCUGCAAGCGCUUUCUGGUGUUCCCCUCGCUUCAUUCCCCAACAGUGAUCCUGCUCACAGGCUUAACUGGAAGUUGAAGAAGAAAUACCCCCGGAGACAAGUUGAAUUUUCUUUAACUGUAAUAUAUUACACUUUUGUAUUUAUCGCAAAUAUUGCAGAGGUUCAUUGAAAAUGAUAUCAGAUUUAAUUAUUAUUUUACAAACUUUAUUGGUUCAAAGUAGAAUCCUAUUUAUUGCAUCGCUUUUGUUGCAGUGGACUUCUAGAUUAUUUAUAAUACUUCAAUAGGACUAAUACAAGCUGAUGCAGACAUAGUAGAUAUUUAUACUGACUGCGCAACUGUUCUAGAUGGUAGUUUGGGAUGUAACCUCACAUCGUAUAAUAUUAUAUGCAUUAAGCACAAUAGACCUCUUUAACUUGUAUGGUUUGUUUUCCCAGUGAAGGUGUCAUGGGAAUUCGCCGUUGUCUUUUAAGAAAUUAUGCGUACACAGUCACGUUAAUAAGAAGAAAAUUGAAAUAAACAGUUUUCUUGAGUAUUAUCACAUGACCUACACUGGGAAAAAAAACAUACAAGCUAAAAGGUCUGGGCCGAGUUGUUCGAAGGCCGAUUAGCGCUUAACCCAGGGUUAACUUUAACCCGGGUUUCUUGUUCUUGCGUUCAAAAGCAUUUUCUGGAAUAAUUCGGCCUGUUGUUUUUAGAGCUUCGAAUCAUCAACUUGUAGACAAAAAGAAUUAAAACUGAAAUGCUUUUUAAGCUUUCGAAUCUGAAAUCAAAUCUCGCACUAACCCUUGGUUAUAUUAACCCAGCUUUGAACAACUCGGCCCUGAUGUAUAUAUAAUUCCUGUAAAGUCGCUUGUUAGAUGGUAAAACACAUCCCGUCGAUGAUCGUGCGUUUGAAAACGCUUGUGAUUUGUGAGUUUAGGCCCAGCUCUCAAAAGUGGACACUCUUGAAUGUGGGGGCUUAGCCUUUUUGAAGUGAGCAGCCAGCCAAACGUUUUUUAACUUUCUCGACUUCCUGGAGCAAUAUCUUGACUCGCUUUGGACUAUCACCUUUAAACUUGGUAAGUUUACAAAUUUUUAGUCGCUUUUUCCAGCGGUUUUGAUAGUUUUUAAUUUUUAUCUUGCUGGUCUGUGUCAAAACUUGAAAAAAUCGUGGGAAACGAAACGAUGCGAAAAAUCCUUUCCGAACGAGGAGAAUUUGA